UAUUGUUUAAUGUAAAUUUUAUGUCUUUUUAGGAUAUGUUGAGGCAAAAAAGAAGGCGCAGUUGGAAAAUGAAGUGAUUAGUACGAAGUAGCAGCGCAGGCACAUUUGGAAAAUUAUGCCGAUAAGCAAGAUAGAAUUUGGGAAAAAAUGUUAUUAAUCGAGUGGCGUUAGUUAAGAUGUGCUCCAAACAUUUGGCCAACUUUUUUUCGCCUUCUCAACGUGCUAAGUUACUAGUUAAUAUGACUGCCACCACGGCCGGUAGGAAGCCCGAAGCAAAGGGCAAACAACCUUCCAGGAAGCUGUCUGCUGUCCCCGAGUCGUAGCUGAAGUUCAGCAAGAAGCAGGUCAGCAAACGUGCUACCCUGAUCAAGCGUAAACUAAAGCGCUCUGCUGUGAUUGCACUCCGCAAACGUGAAAACUUGUUGCAUCUGAGAAAUAUCAAGCAAAAUAUCUCCGUGAUGGACGCCGUGAGAAUAAGUUGCGCCGCCUUGCGGCAAAGAAACGCGGCCCCCACGGUUUGUUCAUCAAAUUUAACCGUUAAUAUGCUACGCAUUGCCGAUUCCUAUAUCACAUGGGGUUAUCCAAAUCUUAAAUCAGUUCGUGAAUUGAUCUACAAACGUGGAAUUGUCAAGCACAACCAUCAACGUGGCCCAAUCUCUGACAACUUUGUGAUCGAACGCAAAUUGCACAAAGCGCACGAUAUUAAGUGUGUUGAUUAUUUAGCGCACGAAAUAUUCACUGUUGGAUCCCACUUCAAGAAAGCAUCCAACUACCUGUGGCCAUUCAAGCUCAACACCAACCGGUGGCUGGCGCAAGAGGGCUAAUCACCACGUUGAAGUUGGUGAUUUCGGUAACCGUGAAGAUAAGAUCAACAAACUGCAUGCGCAAGAUGGUUUAAGGAAAU